UCGAGGCCUUUUCCGUUUGGCAAGAGAGCAAGCGACAUUUGUCCGGUUGUGAAGAUAUUACAUGUAUACUAUUUACUAUGUCUCUUGGGACUGACGGAAAGGAAUAGACGAGAGGAUAAGUCUAUCUCUGCACACGAUAUAUUGUCAAGUACCAGAGAUAAAUACCGAGGAGUACCUAUCGAAUUAAGUAAAUAAAUAAUUAAUAAUCAUUCCAAUUUUGGGAUAACCAAAUCCGGGACUGUUCAAGUGAAUUACUGUGGGCUUUCAUCAUUUAUAAAUUACGUUGUCAAAGGCAAAAUGGCAGAUGCAUCUGGUGAUCAUGUUGGCCCUGAGGAGGAAUUGGAAGUUGAAUCCACUUAUAAGCCUCCACCAGAAAAAACAAUCGAGCAGUUACUUGAGGCUGAUAAAGAGGAUGAAAGUUUGAGGAAAUAUAAAGAGACACUUUUGGGUGAAGCUAGAGCUGGGGGUAUUAUCGUUGAUCCGAAUGAUCCCCGCAAAGUGAUUGUAAAAAAAUUGGCCCUCUGUGUUGCUGAUAGACCCGACAUGGAGCUUGAUUUAACUGGAGAUUUGACUCAGCUAAAAAAACAGACAUUCACCAUUAAAGAAGGCGUCAGCUAUCGUAUUCGAAUUGAUUUUAUUGUUCAACGAGAGAUUGUCCAUGGUUUACGAUACGUACAAAAGACAUACAAGCUAGGAGUACCCGUUGACAAGAUGACGCAUAUGGUCGGAUCUUAUCCCCCCAAAACUGAAAUCCAGUCGUACACAACUCCACCUGAAGAUGCACCAGCAGGUGUUAUGGCCCGAGGAUCUUAUACUGUGAGUUCUUUAUUCACCGAUGAUGACAAGCAUGAGCAUCUCAAGUGGGAGUGGUCAUUUCAUAUUAAGAAAGAUUGGAAAGAAUAAUGAUGGUCACUGCGCAUUACAAUUUCCAUAAUGAAUCUUUCUGGAAACAAUAAAAGUUAAUUAUUGCUAAGCCAUCGAGUUUUUAUAAAUGGAUGCAUAGCAAAUCCAUUAUUUUUCAUUCACUUAGAUUAAUAAUGAUGAUAAUAAUAAUAAUUAUGAUGAUAUGAUUUUUCUGCUGGAUUUAGAGAUGUAGAGACCAAGGCCAUAUGGAUUUGUGUGUGUAACGUUCUUGUGAUUUUUUUUUUCUUGUCCUCUUUUUUAUUUUUUCUUUUUUUUUUGCCCUAAUGCCAGAUCUUAUGUCGAGAUUUGAGAGGAAAUUUGUGCAGAUAAAAUGAGAAUUUAUCCAAUGAAUGAGUGUUGAGAAUAUUACAACAGUCAAUUUUUGAAAGUUCAUUGGGACUAGGUUGCAAUCACGUAUUUUAAACGCCAUGAAAUUGAUGAGAAAUACAAGAUUAUAUCAAUUUUUUUAGGAUAAAAAUGUGAGAAAUAUAUGUGUGAAAAUGUACAAGUUUUUGGUGCCUCCGGAAGCAUUUAUAUAUAUACAAUAUUCUCUGGUAGAAUUAGUCGAGUCAACACUCCGUGCCUACCAUCAUACACUCAAUGACCAAUCUCAUACUUUUUCCAUUAUUAUUUUUUUUUUCUCAACCUUUCAAUGGCUUGUUAAUCAUCGAUAAUCAUACGAGUGUCAUCGAUAGAGCCUUUAGGCAUGGUUGCACAAAGCCUAAUCACGUUGUGUACUUUAAUACCAGAAAAUAGAUGGAUUUAGGAUUGGUGCAGCCACCAUUAACAACUAUUUUACAACAAUAUACAUUUAUAAUAAAUUUAUCAAGCCAAAAUGCAUUAAUUGUACCCCAUCAAUGUAAAAUAUUUCAAAAUAAACGUUUUACAUAGUA